GACGUCACAAAAAUUGAGCACAAACAGAGAAAGAGAUUAUUGUUGAACUUUGAGUUGAUCACUUCAGUGUCAGGUAAAGCGUAAAGGUUCAGUGUAUAGAUGAUUUCAUCAACACAGAUCACCCUUUGUACGAUUGGAAUUCUUUUUGUCCCGGGACUAUAAAAACCCACAGCUCCUUGGAGAACACACCACCAGAUCCAAGAACCCCAGGACUUAAGGCAAGUCUCACCCAAUCUGCAACCAUGAAAUUCUCCCUCAUUGCCGUCCUUCUUGUUGCUUUGGCCAUUGGCUCCGAGUCUGUAUCAGAGAACCCUGCUGAGCUUGAGAAGAUCUCCAAGUACUUCCAGGACCUCGUGGACAAUCUUAAAAACGUUGAGGCCCCUGAGCUGGCCAACAAGGCCAAGGCUUACUUUGAGGAGAGCAAAGCCCAGUUCCAGCCCAUGGUUGAGAAGCUCCAGGAGCAGAUGAAGCCCUUCUCCAGCAACAUUGAAGACCAAAUCAAGCCUCUGGCCGCCUCUGUCCAGGCCCAGUGCCCCUUGGCCGACAUAGUCCAGACCCACAUUGAAGACAUGCUCAAGUUUGUGUCUGAGAAGUCCAAAACCAUCUUACCCCCUCAGUAAACCCACAGGAAGAACCAUUCUUUAGUUCCCUUUCUAGUUUCACUUUAUAUGUAUGUUUGAUUAUUAAAAGGGGUUGAAAGGUGACUGCUUUGUGCUGGCUGGUUAUUCAAAAACUGUUGUGCUGUAUUGUAUGUGUACAAAAAAC